AUGGGUUGGAGCUUGACUCGAUCACUGACUGACAGUGAUUUAAUCAAUCAUACCUAUGUAAUGAAGCCUCCGUGGAAACCCAAGAGGAUGGGGUAUGGAGAGCUUCCGGUUUGGUGGAAGACUGGUAUUCUUGAAGAGGACAUGGAAAUUUGUGCUGUGUUCAAGGACCGUCAUGAUGAGAUCCUGGUCUGUCUUUUGCUUUUGGAUGGCUUGGAGGGUGAUUCUGCAAAGACAAAAAGAGACACGCAGAGUGCCAGUGUUGAACAAGCUUGGAAAGUGUGCCUCAUCCUGAUGGAUGCAUGUUUCUCCACUCCGGCUGUCCGGAACAUCACUAUUCCCAGGCUUGUGCAGCUUGGAAAUUCUUCUGCCUGCGUCUUUCCAGGGGUUCCUUCUCUGGCCUUGGAUAGUUUCCUUACAUGCACGCACUUGACCAGCAUUCAGCCGCGCUGCUCGGUGGCCGUGGUGGAGCUGCCCCGGCGGCCCGCGCCCCCCGCCGCCGCGCUCGGCUGCUACCUCUUCAACUGCACCGUCCGCGGCCGCAGCGUUUGCAAGUUCGCGCUGCACCGCGGCUACAGCAGCUACAGCCUCAGCCGCGCCGCGCAGGGGGCGCAGGGAGACCUGGGAGCCUCGCCUCCAGUGGAAAAGGAUGAGCCCCCAGUUAGCAAGGCUGGGAAGGAUGUUGUUUUGCACCUGCCUACGGAUGGAGUGGUUUUGGAUGGCUGUGAGAGCACAGACGACCAUGCCAUUGUCCAGUAUGAGUGGACACUAUUGCAGGGUGACCCAUCAGUGGACAUGAAGGUACCUCAGUCAGGAACCCUGAAGCUGUCCCACUUACGGGAAGGAACAUACACCUUUCAGCUCACUGUGAUGGACACUGCUGGGCAGAGAAGCUCCGACAACGUCUCAGUGACAGUGCUGCCCGUGACCGUCUCCACGGGAGGAUGCUUGAAUGUUUGCUCACGCUACCACUUCUUUUGUGACGAUGGCUGUUGCAUUGACAUCACGCUGGCUUGCGAUGGAGUGGAGCAGUGUCCUGAUGGGUCCGAUGAGGCUUUCUGUCAUAAUUUGGGCCUCGAGCGGGAGACGGUGCCCCACACAGCAGCCGCCCAGCCCAGAACCACAGGACCCAUCAAAGAUGCAGCAGGGGGCUCCUUCUUGGAAAAGUCCCAGAAAGUCACCGUCCCAAACCGGCCACCGGUGUCAUCAAACACAGAGAAGAGGAAUCAUUCCACUCUCCGGGGACCAGAGAGUCAGACUGACCCUGUGAUGCCAGAUAGUGGUUCCUCAGGGAAGAACCGAAAAGAAAAAAAUUAUAUUUUUGAAUCAAAGAGCGAUCGAGGAGGAGGAGAACACCCAGCCCCAGAAACAGGUGCGGUGCUGCCCUUGGCCCUGGGUUUGGCCAUCACGGCUCUGCUGCUUCUCAUGGUGGCGUGCCGGCUGCGCCUGGUGAAACAGAAACUUAAAAAAGCUCGUCCCAUUACAUCUGAGGAAUCUGACUACCUCAUAAAUGGGAUGUAUCUCUGAGAGUGUCAUUUAAAUAGCUGGGGGCGAGGCUAGUUCACGUCUAAUUUAUACAUCGUGGGUUCCAGAUAUUUAGAAACCUCUUUGGAUUGAGCUGGGCUAAGAAAAUACCAAAACCCCAGAAAAUUCUGCAAACCCCAAACUUUGGUUUUUGUUUAUUGUAGAAAGAUUUUUCUUUGGGAAGGAUGUGAGAUAUUUUGAAAUUCUGAGAGCCCAUCAGAGUAAAGACUCACAAAUCGAAUUCUGAAUUACAUAAGCUGUCCCUGAAAAUAGCAGUUUGCAGUAGGCCAGGCGGAACAUUCAGCGUUGGAGGGGUGGCCUGGGAAUGGCGAUGUUAACCCUUUACUGUUCAGAGGCCAACCACUGGCCCCCGGCAACCCGGAACCACGUUCUACACAGCUUCCUCCUGCUCCUCGCGCUAGGCCUCCAGGGCCCUCCUUUCUCCUCUAAAGCCUGUUUCUAUGAAUGGAUCUCAAGUGAGUUUAUACCUUCAAUGAGCUGAUACCUAGAGCAGGAGUAUCGGUCCUAGAGCCCCAUGGCCCUGUCAAAGAGGCCUCACGGAAGGAGAAUGGAAGCUUAUCCCAGUGCCUCUGACAUCACGUCCUUUAGGGGCCGCCUCAUUAGGCCGACCUUUGGGCAAGAAAUCCCAGACUCUGGAUAACAAAUAGCUGUCACGGGGUCGUGAGGAGCUAGGAAGUCCUGGGGAAGGAGAGGUGGCGGGUCAAACAUUUCCACACAAACUCGGCUGGGGGCGAAGUGGGAGGCCGGCACUUAGUCCUUCCUUGAAUCUCCUCAACUCUGCUUGAUGGUCCAGAACGCAGAGCGCGGAGUGGAUUCCAGGCGCAGCUUUUACAGAAAUGCCGCGCGUUUCCGUAGCAGCAGGGUCUUUCAGCCGGUGGGACUGAGCGCUUUCUCCACGAUUUACUUAAUGCUGGCAGACGUUGUAAUGGGCAAUCCGCUGACGCCAGGCUUACAAGUGCUCCCAGAGCGUGAAGCAGGCUUGCACAAAUUCAUCUUUGCGGGAAACCGGCAUCUAGCUUAGCAUCUUUUCCCUGUUCAUCAGUCUGUAGGAUUUUAACGGCAAAUUAUUCCCAUCAUCACUUCAUGCUAGGAUUAUACAUGUUCUAGAAGUCAUUCUCCUUGAGAGGAAUGUGCCUGUCAAUACUCGCGUGAUGUUACUAUUUACAUAAUAACGGCUUUUCCUCAUCAGUGGCAAAUCUCCUAAAAUACUUCAACACAUUGUAGAACGUUCUAUUUUCAGACUGAAACCGAGGUAAGUUGUUCCUUUGACAGAGGGCUUAAUUUGGGUUAGAAAUAUAACGAACCCAUUAACAAAUGGAAAGUUAGUUCUAAAAAAACAAAGAAAUUGGUUAUUUUUAUGUCUGAGAAGUCCAAGCAUUUUGUUGAAUAUUUAGAAUGGAGCAGAUUUAAGCUCUCCUCCAGGGCAGGUUAGAGAAAGGACAGCUCGGACGACCUGAGGCCCUCGCUGCUCGGUGUGUGCCUGGCGGUGUGCCGGCCCAGGGGACAGCGCCUGCAGCCACACCCGACAGGAUACCAACGGCUGAGGGCUGCAUCUGUCAGCACACCUUUUAUGGUUCAGUACUGGAAGGCGACGACAUGAGAAAAGAUGUCCACAUCUCCAUGUACAAUAUCUCUUUGAUAAACUGACUUUUCUUCUUAUGCUUUUUUAAACAACCAUUUAACCUAAUCAUCAUCGUAAAUUGCUAUUAUUUACUGAGCUGGUCCUAUAUUACCCGGAUUUAAUCCUAUCAACCUUAUCUUGCAAAGGGGAAAUUAGGAAUUAGAGAAGGAGAAUCAAGGUCUAUAAAUAGUUGUAUUGUCAGAUGGCCCGAAUGGGACUUUUGAAAGUCACCUUACCUGUGAGUAUCUGAUUGAAGGGGCUGUGCAUCUAAGAUGAUUUAAAAAUAACUUUAAAGGGAAAGUUGUCCGCAGUUUACCGCUCAAACAUGUUCCUGUAUCUCACGCGUCUUUUCCUGAGAAAAGGCCCAGCGGAGCUACGUUCCGGAAAACUCCGGGCCUCUCUCCUCCAACCCUCCUGCAAGCAGACAGCUGGUCUCCAUCCUUCCAGAGGCUCGAGUGCCUCCAGGCACUUGAGCAGCAUGGUGUUCUCUUCCGCGGGAAAAUAACACAAUGUCUUCAUCUUUCUCUCCCUCACGUCUCAUAAUCUGUGAUUCGCUCCACGAUUCACUUCCAUACUUCCCAGCCCUCCUCAGUCACUGACGGCUGUUUCAUGUUGCUCUUUAUUAUAUUUUCCCGCAACUCGAACGUGGAGACGCGUAUUUCUAUUUGUUCUUCAGUUUUGCUGUUCAAGGCGGGCCUAGCUGAUGACUUAACUGGACUUCACGUACAUAAAGGUAGGACAGUGGCUGCGCCCCAGGACACAGGGCCGCCCGGGUCCUCACACGUGCUGUCUGCGUCACAGUCAUGGUGCUCUGUAACAGUGGCGUCUGGGCCUGUGGUCGUCCCUGGGGGUCCUUAAGUUACGCCAGCCCCAAUUUGAUGUUUGGGGAUUGCACCAUUUUGUUCCUAUCAGAGGGACCCCAAUUAUUUGUUUUCUCUUCUGGACUCCAAGUUUUGUCCAACUGUUGGUGUUAAAACCGAAUGAGGAUUUCUAAAGAAAAACUCCCAAGCCAAAUAGAGAGAGGGAAAAGCUCAGUUUGCUGUCACAAAUGCUCUCAUUUCCCUGGCUUUUUAAGCAAUUGUGAUGCUUUUUCUUGGGUGCUGGCCCCACUGUUCCCAGCUCUUUUGUCCUGCUCAAUUCUAUCUAGUAUCCUAAAUAAAGUGCAUAUUUUAUAGCUACUUUAAGAGCAAACAGAUUUUUUUUUGGUGGGUAAAGGUAAAACCGCCAGGGAUGAAAAUACGGUUAGACACACCAAAGCUGGAUGUGUUCAGAAAUGAACUGAGUGCUGAGGACUGAGCCUCCCCCAUUCGCUUCAUUUAGGCCUGGGAAUGUCUUCAUUCCUUCCUGCUCAUUUGAAUCCUUCCAUCACCUCUGUUUUUAGUCUUUAUAUUAGUUACCUCGCUGUAUUUUGGAAAGAGAUCAACUUACAAUAUCAUUCAGCUUAAAGAUGUUUUUAUAUAGUUAUUUCAAAACAUAGGAGACUUCUCAAAACACAUUUUAAAAUUAUUUUAACUUUUACCAAAAAGCUUAGAGAUUUUAAAAUUGUACUGAGUAUACAGACUUAAAAAGUUCUUUCAUUUUCAUUCGAAAUCAUUUCAUAUGACUGAAGACCCAAAAGCUCAAAAAUAUCAAAACUCUGUGUUCCCAUAUUUAAACAAAGCAGUUUCACAGAUGAAAAUGGAAAAAUCUCUAAAUGUGUCAUCUAGAGAUGUGUGUAUAGAAGAAUGAAGGAAUCAGUACCAUGAACUAUGCAACCUGAGAUCACGCCUGCAAAUGUUUGUUGUUGAAGGGGAGAGUCUGAGACUCCUUGACACCCCACCUGUAAGUCCGGCUUUAUCCAACUCUGUCCCCUACAAGCUCAUCACAUAAAGGGGUCAAGAUGCUAAAGAAGGGCAGGUCUUUUUCCCGAGAAAAUAUCUUUUUAUAAUUGAUUUACACCUGACACAAUCGUGUUCACAUGGAAAUUCUGCAGGCUCUUUCAUCUAUAAUGUAAUUCCUAAGCAAAAUCCUGACAAGAUAAUCACCAAAAAGCCUAAAUAAACAGGGCUGGCAAAAGAAA